CCGUUGAAGAAUCAAUGAUUGAGGAGGUUUGUCGAGAGACAGCAAAUAUUGCCCUCGCCAACAACAAAGUAAGCCACCAUAUUUUCAACAGUCGCACGCAACACUGCCGGCUCGUUGACGGUAAUCUCCCUGAGCUGCUGCUGCAACCAUUCCAAGUGGAGUUCUUAAGUCUGGAUCCGUACAUUGUUGUGCAUCAUAAUGUGCUGAAUACGCAGGAAAUCGACGAGUUGCAAGAGUUAAUAGAAGAAGAGUACGCUGACGAUGGUGUGGUUUUGUCAGAGUCGCAGAAAUUCACAAAACUAGCACAGCGGAAGCUGAGGUCGUUAGCGAAACGUUUGCAAUUGGCUACGGGGCAUGCAAGCGCCGAUUUUGCAGAGUGGUUAGUGGAGCAUUUCACAUUUGAAGAUGUGGUGCAUGCAGAACCAUUGGUGCCUGCAUCAACGCAAACUAUGGCGAAUGUGCUGUUCAAUCUGCAAACACCCAAGCUGGGUGGCGCUAUUGUCUUUCCGCAAUUGGAAAUGGGUAUAUCGCUGCCAGCGAAUGCGCUGCUGUAUUGGACGCAACUGGACGAGUACAAUGAAUACGAUUAUCGAAGCAAACAACAUGUCUGUCCGGUGAUAGCUGGCACACAACUCACGGUCUAUACCAGUAUUACAGCACGAAGCUAAUGGAAAGGAGAUCAGUUGAUAUAAAUCUA